AUGUUGCCCGUGUCACGGCCCGAAGGGCACAUGAGCCUCAACUACAUUCCAGCUACCCAGCCAAUUUCGGGGCCUUCCACCGGUCGCAGCUCUCCUAGUGACCCGUCUGCAUCUACCAUUAAACCCCCGUUCGGAUCUUCCACCAGUCUCAAUGGCGCCGCAGGCUCUAUCGGAAGUGCAAGGUUAGGGGCUGGAUCCCCUUCUCAUGAACUCGGUGCUCGCUUAUACUCGAAACGGGCGCGAGAAAUUCAAGCGGAGGAAGGAGUUUCCCCAAGUAUCUGGGGCCCCCCAACCAGUGGCCAUUCUACCCCCCUGCGUGAAAACAUCCCCGAGUCCCCAAGCCAAGAGGGCUUCCCCGACCUAGUGCCUACCUCGAGUGGCGCAUUGAACAGUCCGGCGCGCAGGGCCCGAGCCGGCACAGUCCCAUCCCGCUUCUCCCCCGUCGGCGUGCUGAACGAGGCCACUUUGCAACAACCUUACAUUUCCCAGACUUCCCGACCUACCCCAUCAACUAGCCCUUUUAGACCUACUGGCGUGUCAGGUAUUGACACGGGCUCAAAGCCCGCAACCACCGCUGGCGGAAGUGGUGCAGGUAGCCUUUCUCGCCUUCGAGCUGGCUCAAUGCCACAGAGGACCAGCUUCCUAGGAUCAGCCGGUCCAUUUGGUCCUUCGCUGUUCUCUACGACUUGGGCUACUGGACGUGAUCGGGCGACCACACUUACCAGCAUCAGAUCUUCUGAAGGCCCCACAUCCCCUACCCAGUCCUCCUUCUCACGAGAUGGACUCACAGAUGCCGACGUGAAGACACUGGACUACCUUGGCCUCGCAGAAACCCCGCAACAGGCUCGAGCCACUCUUGUACGACCCACAGUCGAUCUCCUUCUUCAGCAACAACAGCAGCAGCAAACCUCUUCGCUCCCCCCUCUGCUAGCAGAGCUUGCGAUGAUCAAAAACAACAGCCGAAUCCGUUCUUAUUCCGUCAACGCGAAGGAAAAAUACGCCGAUGAUGAAGACCUUGAGUAUGAAAGUCGCUACUCGCAGCUUCCUUCGGGGACCCUCACACCUUCUGCAGCUGCAACGGCAGCCCAACUGGCCGCGACCCAAGCCCAGAUUCAUCAGCACAACCUAGCUGUGCAAGCAUUCGCGAGCCAUGCGUCUGCAAGUCGGCCCCGAGCCCGAACUGCUGGUAUUCUUGAGGCGCCGCCCCAACGCUCAUCCAUCAGGAAUUAUCUUGCCACUCCUUCCCGCCUUGAAAAUAGCUUUAGCGCUGCAGACCUCAAUAUUGCAGAAAGCGGGGAAUAUGAGGAGCUAGCAGAAGCUGUGCAAAUGCUGCAUCUAGGUGGAAGCAACGGGCCUAAUCUUGCGAUGCGAUCAGGUGCGGAGCUGGUCGAUGAGAAUAACCAAGACGGUCCUACGCGCGCUUUGUGGAUCGGCAGCAUCCCAGUCUCGACAACCGUGACAUCUUUGGAGGCUAUUUUCAGCAUGUAUGGUAAAAUCGAAUCCACUCGCGUGCUGACCCACAAGAACUGCGGCUUCGUCAACUUCGAGCGCAUCGAAAGCGCUAUUCAAGCCAAGUCGUUACUGAACGGCAAGGAGAUCUUCCCCGGGGCCGGCCCUGUCAGGAUCGGUUAUGCGAAAGUUCCUGGAGCUUCCAAUUCCGGUACCCCCGGUGUGAAUGGUGCUCAGUCUUCUCCUACUCCUGAUCCCAACGCGAAGUCUAAUGUGCCAGAUGAUGCUGAGAGAUUUAGCAGCGGGACUAGCGUCCCUCAGAUUCCUGCACUUGCCGAUCUUCAACCGGAAAUGGUGCAGAUUGUAAAAGAGUUCGGAGCGACAGAUGAUGAUACCAUCAAGAUUACCGCGAAUAUCCAACAGGCAGUCUCGUUCCAGGCGUUUAGCGACGAAAUUCCCCCAGUUCCAGAGCCCAACCAAACUAGGAUUUUCGACGCCCCUCGUCUCCGCGAUAUUCGAAAGAGGAUCGACAAUGGCGCCUGCUCCGUGCAGGAGAUUGAGGAAACUGCGGUGGCAAUGCUCCCUGAAAUUGCGGAACUUUCUUCAGAUUACCUAGGCAAUACUGUUGUCCAGAAGCUCUUUGAAUACUGCUCGGAGUCCACUAAGGAGCAAAUGUUGCUUCAGAUCUCCCCCCAUCUUGCUGAGAUCGGUGUUCACAAGAAUGGUACUUGGGCGGCACAGAAGAUAAUCGAUGUGGCCAAGACCCCGGUCCAGAUGGGAAUGAUAGUUGACGCGCUCCGCCCAUACACUAUCUCUCUUUUCCUCGACCAAUAUGGAAACUACGUCCUGCAGUGCUGCCUGCGUUUUGGCGCUCCGUACAACGAUUUUGUUUUUGAAACUAUGCUGAGCCGUAUGUGGGAGGUGGCUCAAGGGCGUUUCGGAGCUCGGGCUAUGCGUGCAUGCCUUGAAAGUCACCACGCUACGAAGGAUCAGCAGCGCAUGCUCGCAGCUGCUAUCGCCCUCCACAGUGUACAGCUUGCCACCAAUGCCAAUGGUGCUCUUUUGCUUACCUGGUUCCUGGACACCUGUACCUUUCCUCGACGACGAACUGUGCUUGCUCCUAGGCUUGUGCCCCACCUAGUGCAUCUCUGCACCCACAAGGUGGCUUAUUUGACGGUGCUCAAGGUUAUCAAUCAGCGAAACGAGCCCGAAGCCAGGGAAAUCGUGCUGAAAGCUCUUUUCUUCAGCCCAGGUGAUGAGGUGCUAGAAAAGAUCCUCAGCGAUCAAACGUCAGGAGCAACUUUGAUUUUCAAGGUUCUUACCACGCCGUUCUUCGACGAGUCCAUGCGAGCGGAGGUCGUCAAGAAUGUAUCUAGGGUGCUCACAAAGUUGAAGGCUACGCCUAGCCAGGGGUACAAACGUUUGAUGGAUGAGGUUGGCUUGUCUUCGCGAGGAGGAUCUCGGGAUAAUCAUCAUGGCCGUGAUAAUACUAGCCAUACCCCCGCCACCGAAAAGCAACAGCAUCGCCCCACAUCCCGCCAGACGACCUCCAACAAUUAUCCCUCGCAGCCAACCUUGGAAAGGCAAUAUAGCGGGCAGCUCCCUCCCUCUAUGGGCCAGGGGUUGGAUAAUGUGCGCUCCUUGCCAUUGGAUCAGCAACCAAAUGCGUCCUCGUUCGAGCCGUAUCCUGUCAAUGGAGUAGGGGGGCUUGGCUCUGCAGGCACCAUGAAUUCUCUGAAUGGAAUGGGCGGGUUAAACGGUGCUGGGUUUGGCCAGGACCCUUUGAUGCCUAUGGCACAGCAGCCGAUUCAGUACCAAGCGUAUCUCACUGCUCAGUCUCGUGGGGUAUCUCCAGGGGGACUUUACCCUGGUUUGGGCAACUCCAACUUCGGAUACCAAACAGGAUCGGACAGUCUUCGAGGAAUGCAACCCCAACCUACACCUUUACCCGGGGCCCCCUCGCAGAUCAACCCAGGCUCCAUGAUUAACCAGCCUCCUUACGCUUCCCAACAAUUUAGCCCCGUCAUGGGGACGACUCAGAUGUAUCAGUACCCCUCGCAGUUCUACUCUCAAACACCACCUGUUCAAGGACAGUCAGCUGGGGGACGACGUGGACGUGUAAGUUACCUUUUGCAUGCAGGCGAUCCUGUCCGAGCAUGA